AUGGCGGCUUCCAAUGGCCUCUACUCGGCCAACUCUUUCAUGAACCCAGGGCCUGCCCCCGCCCGCCGACCGACCGACCCCGCCUUAACCUCACGCCCGAUGCGAACCUCCCGGGCAGCAUGGCCAACAUGGUCAUUUCCCUAUUCGAAGCACGGCCACUUCCACAUACACGGGCUCGACCAUUUCCUGCCCCUCGCCGCCCGCCAGUUGGCUAACAACAUAGACGGCCUCGGCGGCGUUGCGGUGAAGAAGGAGGGCUGGGCCCAGGUGAAGGAGAGCAAGAACUUCAUUCAGCCCUGGAAGGCGAAAUAUCUCAUCCUGCGAAAAGAAUCGCUCGAUUUCCACAAGGCAGAGGGCGGCAAGGUUUCGUAUACCUUGUACCUCAAGGAUGUCGUCAAUGUCGGCCGUGUCGAGGCCGCCGGUACCAUUUUCGAGAUCAAGCGAAACACGAACGGUAGCUCGACGAGCCCUGGCGAUGACGAUGGCACCGUACGAACCUUGCAGAUCAAGGUCAAGGGCGAUGAUGAUUUGUACGAAUGGAUCGAUCUUGUCUACGGAUCGUGCCCCGGUAUGGGCGGUGUCAGCAACCCGACCAACUUCUCCCACGCGGUCCAUGUCGGCUUCGACCCCCAGACCGGCGACUUCGUCGGCCUCCCCCGAAGGCAGGAGAACCCUAACCAGUACCCUGGUCUCACAUCUAGCCCCCAGAGCCAGCAGGCCAAGAACUACGGCUAUAGCGCCGGUGGCGGCGCAGGUGUCGCGCCCCUCGUCAGAUGCAGCAGCAGCCGCAGCAACCGCAACAGCAGCCGCAGCGCCCCGCCUACAACCCCAUGUCCUCCCAGUCUGGUCCCGGUACCCCCGCCGACCUUCCCCACUGAGCAGCAGCAGCAGAGGUCUCAGAUGCAAGGGAUGGCUUCCAACUACGUCCCGCAAGAUUCCCUGCGCGAUGACCAGCGCAUGAAGCAAAUGGAGGCUCAGAGGCAACGCGAGAUUGAGGAGCAGAACCGUCGGGACAUGGAGGCUUACAACGCCUCCCUCCCCAAGACCAAGACACCCAUUGCCCAGCAGGAGCUUGGCGGUUAUGGUGGCUCUUCUACUCCCGAUCGAUACAACCCCACCCGCGCCGCUCCUACCGUCCCCGCCAAGGGGCCUCCUCAGGCUCUCCGUGCCCAGCGUCCCGCCCCCGGCGCCCAACAACUCCGGUCCCCGCCCCCCAUGGGCCAGUCCAACAUGAGCUCGAGCUCCCAGCAGCGCCCAUCCCCGGCCAAAGCAGCCCCGCGAGCCCUCCGCCGCCGAGCGCAAGCAAGACCGACCCAUGUCGACCAUGUCCGAGACCGAAGUCAUGGCCAGGCUCAGGAGGUAGUGUCCAAGGACGACCCCAACCUGUCGUACUCGAAGCAGAAGAAGAUUGGCCAGGGCGCAUCUGGUUCCGUAUACGUUGCUAAGGUGAAGGAGAGCGCCGUCUCCGGCAUUGCCCGCGAAGUCUUGCGACAACAGGGACCCAGGGCCCAGGUUGCGAUUAAGCAGAUGGAUCUCGCCCACCAGCCCCGCAAGGAGCUUAUUGUGAACGAAAUCAUGGUGAUGAAGGACAGCAGGCACAAGAACAUUGUCAACUUCUUGGACGCCUUCCUCCGCAACAACAACGCCGAGCUGUGGGUAGUUAUGGAGUACAUGGAAGGUGGUGCCCUUACCGAUGUCAUUGACAAUAACCCGACGAUUACGGAAGAGCAGAUCUCCACCAUCUGCCUCGAGACAUGUCGUGGACUUCAGCACCUUCACUCCCAGAAGAUUAUUCACCGCGAUAUCAAGUCUGACAACGUUCUUCUCGAUGCCCGUGGCAAUGUAAAGAUUACUGAUUUCGGUUUCUGCGCCAAGCUGACGGACUCCAAGUCUAAGCGUGCCACUAUGGUUGGCACACCUUACUGGAUGGCUCCCGAGGUUGUCAAGCAGAAGGAAUACGGCCCCAAGGUCGAUAUCUGGUCUCUCGGCAUUAUGGCCAUCGAAAUGAUCGAGUUGAAGAAGCCCGAGAGGAUCAGCAAGGAGCUCAAGGCCUUCCUUUCGGUGUGUCUUUGCGUCGAGGUCAAGUGCCGCGCUUCCGCGGACGAGCUACUCCAGCACGAUUUCCUCAAGCACGGCUGCCCCCUUGGCAGUCUUGCAGAACUCCUUGCCUUCAAGAAGCACGCUAAAUAA